AUAUUGUAUUUCAGUGCCUUAACGAAUCGGUUCAUAUUGUUUUUGCAUAUUAUAAAAUUAACAAAAUUACUUGUGAGAAAAGUAUUCCAAUGUCAUAUUUAUCCGACGGCGUUAGUCUUCAGCUCGCCACAGCUAUAUACGAAAAUAUAUGAAAAAGAUAUUAUAAACAUAAUUGAUCAAAUAAUUAUUAAGUACUAAUAAUAGCAAGGAGAUUGAAUUGACAAGUUAAUCAUUCCUAAAAAGAUUUUUGUACGAUUUCUCGCAUGCAUCCUAUUGUUCUUUCGAGCAUUCCAUCGAGGUAUCAGCACUUUAAGUAGUACACCCUGAAAUAAAUCAGACGUGGGAAAGAAAUAAAUAGCUAUCUCUCUAUAUAUACAUUCUCUUGAACAAUUAGAGUUAUUUCUCUUUUUUCCAAGAAACAGAAGGAGGGAGAAGGAAAUAUAUAGGAUAAAAAAAGAAAAAGUAAACUCAUCGAACUAUUGUAACGAACGAAAGAAAGAAAAAAGGAAACGGAAGAGGAUAAAUAUUCCGGCGAGUAGUCUAACCGAAGGUAGGUGCUUGCCACGUGAAACUGGUCGCUAUUUCGCCGGGCUAGACGAGCGGCAAAGGCUCGAAACCCCCCGGUUUCCCGCGCACAGUACGAGCGAAGCACACACAACUACCCCGACCAACCAACCGACGAGCCGAGCCGCCGCCACCAACCCCUACACACAACAACUCAACGAAGCAUCCCCCACUCUGAAUCGCACAACAGCCUGAGCGGAAGUGCUAGUCAGUCGGCGAGCGACCUUCCAACAUUACGGGUUAGGUUCCCUCUUUUUCCGCCCGUCGUGUCUUCGUCCUCGUUUGCCUGAACGCGAGGACAGACUCCGUUGCGGUUCGCGUCAACGUGAAAAGGAGAACGGAAAUAGCAAGAGAAAGAAAGAGAGAAAGAGAAAGAGAGACAGAGAGAUAAAGAGAGGGCGAUCACGCGAGAAGAUACGUGCCCUCUCGAGGCGGAAAGACUACGGGGGGUUGCCGUCGCUUCAUUCAUUUUCUAUAAUAAAUCGUCAAACUGACGAUGAUUAUCAACGACAUCCGCCGCAACCGUAUUUGAUACGUCCGUAGAAAGAAGGGUUAAAGGAAAGGAGUAUAAUACAAAGUGAAAAAGUAUUAUAACGAAUACGACGACGAGUACGAUAAUAAAAAGGAAAAGAAAUAUAAAUAGGAUAAUGCAAUUUUGAUGCAAAUCCCAAAGUUUAGUUAAAAAAUAAAAUCAACUAUAUAUAGGAUAUUUGUUACGAUCGCUCAGCUAGCAAUAAGAGUGUAUUUCUACUACUACUACUACUACUACUACUACUACUAUUACCGAUCAUCAUCGUCAUCGAUCUUUUCUCGUAUACAUUCGUAUACCGAUAUAUCGAAACACAACGAAUAACAAUUGUAUACGAUUAUUAUUUUUGUUUUUUUAGGAACGCGUGUGGUAAGUCUCUGUGAAAAGAUAAACGAUAUAAACUUUAGAGAUGUUUGGUUAAUUGUGAUACGAGAGCUGUAGUACGUGUUUACGAGAGUAAACUGAAUUGCAUACCAAGAAUACAUCGUCGAAGGGCCACCUGUUCGCGAAAGUGAAACCGACGAUCGACGAGAAUUCCGAGAGAAGAUCAUUACGCGCGAUAGCAAUUGAAAUGGUGUAAGGAUAAAAAAGUGCCGCUAUUGUGAACGGGAAGGGAGGAUCGCGAUAAAUCGUUGUUGUGUACUUGUUGAAACGCUCGAGCACGUUAUUUUUCCUUUAAUACUCCGAUAACUGUUUCCUAUUCAAAACUCGUGUCGGCGCUAUAGUUGAAGAAAGUUUACAAACGGUUGAGAGAAGUCGGUAGUAAUAGAAAAAGAGAAAGAUUGUAAACGCGUUCGCAUUCUUCGUACUCCCGAGGUUUCCGUUCACCGACGCUUCUCACACUGCCUCUUCCGGAGAUUGCGAUCGGAAGCAACCCCUGCUCGACCACGUGGUUAUGAGUAAGCAUCAGAGGCGCCGUGACUUCUACCGGUGAACGCACACGCUUAGACACCUCGUCUACCUUUACACUCGGACUAGCAACGAAAAUCAUAUCGUUCUGUUUAUUCGAUAUUCAUACGUCUGAAAUUCAUUGGAUCAUUUUAUCGCGAUCAUAGAGUUUGUGCACGGUUAUUAAUUUUUGAGCACGAUUCUUCGAAAUAAUUUAUUGACGCGUCGAAGAAAAGUGUCCUAAAGGUCCGAGUUUGUUAAAGCUGGAAAUAAAUUAAUAAGUUUGCUUAGUGAAAUAAACGUAAAGAGAUUACGCAUAAGCGAUCGAAGGUGAUCAAGUUGGGAAGAAAAGAAAGUAGCAAGAUCCCGGCCGCAGGGGAUCCCGAAAGGAAGGAGGGUACAGCUGAGGUGGUCCAGUCCGGCUUAACGAUCGGUGUCAGGAGGCCGAAUCAGUCAGGCAAUUCAGGAGGGUGGGUGCAGUGGUGCAGUGGUUGCAGGAGGGCCAGCGAGGUUGGGGUGGCCUCGUCUACAGGCGCGUUGCCACCAAGCGCACCGGGCCCCGGGGCUGCGGUGGUGGGCUGCCUGCUUGGGGUGUACCCGUGUUCUCCCUCCUCCACGGGGCCCAGGGGGCCCCUUACUCAUCACCACCUUCAGGCUAUACCGGCACCACAACAACAGAUCGGCUGCCGUGCCUGUUGCUGCGCGCAUACCAAUCACCAACCUCCUUCAGUUCAGCUUACUAGCCAACGGGGCGGCCUAUCGCUGAGGGUAGCGAGGGUGGCGUCCACCACCUCCGUCCGAGCCGCCCCCUACGCCCACCCCCAGCACCAAGGGCUGGGGCAGGAGUGCAGGUGUAGGGAGGAGACGGGGGCAUUGGGUGGAGGUGGUGCGCACAUCCUCGGCAGCCCGAUGCUGUUCGUCCCGUUCACGGUGCCCACUUUCCCUGCGACGCACCAUCAGACGACUCAUCCUGCGCAUCAGACGCACCAUCAACAGCUGCAGGCCUCCAACCAGAAUCCGGUGCAGCAGCCGCAGCAGCUCAACCAGCUGAAUCAGCUGAGUCAUCUGAACCACCAGGGCAUCGUGCCGGCGACAACCAAUCAACCGACCGUACACAGCACCAGCUGUUCGCCGCAGCAACAAGCGACUACACCGAACAAGGUAAGACGACCGGCUGAGGAAAGACGGACUCGCGAUGAUCAGCAGGAUCUAUCGACCGCGAAGGAAAUGAAAGUUAACUGGGCGACAUCGCCGGGCAACCAACCAAAACAAGACACUAGCAAACACUAUCAUAUAUUCGUAGGAGAUCUGAGCCCGGAGAUCGAGACACAAAACUUGAGGGAUGCUUUCGCUCCCUUUGGCGAGAUCUCGGAUUGCAGAGUUGUUAGAGAUCCACAGACCUUCAAGUCCAAAGGCUAUGGAUUCGUGUCUUUUGUUAAAAAAGCGGAAGCGGAAAUUGCCAUCGGUACCAUGAACGGGCAAUGGCUCGGUAGCAGAAGUAUUCGAACGAAUUGGGCGACUCGCAAGCCGCCUGCACCAAAAUCUGAAGCGAACGCAAAGCCUCUGACAUUCGAUGAAGUAUAUAACCAAAGUAGUCCUACCAACUGCACGGUUUACUGCGGCGGGCUAACCAAUGGUUUGACGGAGGAAUUGAUGCAGAAGACCUUUUCCCAAUUUGGAUCUAUCCAGGAGAUUCGUGUAUUUAAGGACAAGGGAUAUGCCUUCAUAAGGUUUUCGACAAAGGAAUCGGCCACGCACGCUAUUGUGGCGGUACACAACACAGAUAUUAAUGGGCAAACGGUGAAAUGCAGCUGGGGCAAAGAAAGUGGCGAUCCGAAUAACGCCCAACAAACAGGGCAGGCGUUAUCGUCGGCGACGUAUCCGUAUUACGCGGCGGCAGCUGCUGCCGCCGCGGCGGCGGCGGGCGUCGCGGGUGUCGGAGGCGUCGGUGGCGUCGGGAGUGCCGGCCAGCUAGGUUACUGGUAUCCACCCCAAUCUUACCCGACAACGGCAACUCAGAUGCAAGCCGGUGGUUUCCUUCAGGGCAUGCAAGGCUAUACUUACGGCCAGUUCGCAGGAUACCAACAGGCGCAGUAUAUGGGAAUGGGAAUGGGUGUCCAUGCUGCUGGCACGGCAGCUGGAUGGGGCCAAGGAUUACCUGGGGGACCACAAAUCCCUCAUCAUCCAUCGGUCACGGCACCCCCAGGGGUUCAAGCCGCACCUCCACCUCCACCACCCCCGGCGCAAAUGAUGGCCUAUCCGAUGCAACAGUUCCAGCUAGCGGAUGAGGACUGGCUGACGCCUAGCCUUCUAGUGUGAUGGUAAGCAAGUACAUCCCACCGACAGGAACAACUUCUAAAGCAACAACAUUUACCACCACCGACAGCAACAUCAACAUUUCCGUCACCAUCGACGCCACCGCGACAGCAAAAGCAGUAAAAAUCGUGCCGCUUCCGGCCUGACGUCUCGCGACACGAAGGGCAAUAAUGGUCGAUAAACGAAUAUAAUACUAGCUUUAGCAAAAUAUAUAAA